AUGGCCCCUCAAGCUACGUCUAGCCUCAAGCAGGCCGGCAAGGUUGUCUGCAUCGGCCGCAACUUUGCGGAGCACAUUGCUGAGCUGAACAACACCAAACCCAAGCAGCCCUUCUUCUUCCUGAAACCUGCGUCUUCCAUCGUCCUACCAGGCGAGGGCCCCGUCCUGAGGCCCAAGGGCAUUGACAUGCACUAUGAGGUUGAGUUGGCUCUCGUAAUUGGAAAGCUCACCCGGGAUCUUCAAGCCUCUGAUACUCAGGGAGCUCUUGAUGCUAUCAAAGCUUACGCUAUCGCCGUUGACUUCACCGCCCGCAACGCCCAGAAUGAGGCCAAGAAGAAGGGUCUCCCAUGGGACAUCGCCAAAGGGUUCGAUACUUUCUUGCCUCUGAGCAACAUCAUCCCCAAGACUGCCAUUAAGGACCCUCACAAUGUUGAGCUCUUCCUCCAGCUCAACGGUGAGACCAAGCAACAGGGCUCAACCAACCUCAUGAUCUACCAGAUCCCUCGUAUCUUGAGCGACAUCUCCAAGGUUAUGACUCUCCACCCCGGCGAUAUUGUCCUUACUGGUACACCUGCCGGUGUUGGUCCUGCCGUGCCGGGUGAUGUUGUUCGAGCAGGUGUGAGAAUUGACGGAAAGGAGUUAGAGGAGGGUGCCAUUGAGAUUCCCGUGGAGGAAUCGCCUAGCUCAUAUAGUUUUGCCGAGACUUGA